AUGCUCCCCGGAAGAGGAGGAGCAGAGUCCCAGGACUGGCAUUUGGACAUGCAGCUGGCAGGCAAGGUGGUGCUGUCGGCCGCCGCGCUGCUCCUGGUGACCGCAGCCUACAGGCUGUACAGGUUGAGGCCCGCCCGGGCCCCGCUGGGGGACAGGAACUCCAAGGCCGAGGAGAAGGCCGAGGGCUCCGGGCAGCCGGCGGACCCGGGGGCUGUUCCUGGGGCACCACACCGGGCUCUGAGACGCCGGAGGGGAAGCAAGGGGGCCGGAGCGCCGCUGGGCUGUGACCAGGAAAGUCAGGGGGGCUCCCGAGUCCCGGCAACAGGACGCUCUCCCGAAGUCGCAGAAGCCCAAGAGGCUCGGGAGCGUGAGAAGAAGGGCGCUGGUGUGGAAGCGGGUGGGCAGGGCCUUGUCUCUGAGCUGGUACCCCCUCGCUGCAGUGGCCAGGAAGCCGGAACAGCUGUUGGCGGUAAGCCCGAGCCGCCCCACCACCCCACUGUGGGCGAUGAAUUCCAAAGCUCCCCACUUGGCCUCGCUGCGGCAGAGGGGAGCAGGGUGGGCAGGGCGCCCACUCCAUGGCGGGACGGCGGACCCCCGGGACAGCCAGGGCUCGGGGAGCGGGAGUCCCCCGCCACGAGCCUGAUGGCCCACACGGAAGGCGAGCGUGACACGAACAGGAGCUGGGUCUUUCCUCGCAACAGGGGGGUCCACGGGGAAGAGGCCGGGGCCCUCCAGGCGGCCGUGGACAUGGGCCUGACCCUGCACCAGCGGGAGGGAGCCGCCGGUGCCUCCUAUACCUACUCGUCUGUGUCCCGGGUUCGCGUGGAGGAGAACUUCAUUCCUGAGAAGGUGGAGGGGAUGGGGCCCAGGCUGAAGGGCAAGGUGUACGAUUACUAUGUCGAGUCCACUUCCUGGGCCACCUCCAAGGGCCGGCUGGCCCCCAGGACAGCCGCCCCGGCUGAGGCUCCACUCCCCGGGCCCCUGCCAGGCGCCGCCCCGGGAACAGAGGCCGCUUCAGGAGGCCGGGAAAGUGGAGCCGAAACGCCCACCUCCUCCCAGCCGCGGCCGUCGCCCCCCACGCAAGGCUUCGGCAGGAAGGAGAGCCUCGUCCGGAUCGUGGAGAACCCGGAGCUCCAGCUCCAGCUCGAGGGCUUUGGGGCCCCCGCUCCGUCCUGCCCAGACCAGAGCGCCCCGCCUGGCCACCCCCUUCCCCAGGCUUCUCUUGGGUCCAGCUCGGCCGGAAGCAGCCGGGAGGCCCACGUGCAGCUCGUGGCGGGGACCAACUUCUUCCACCUCCCGCUGGCCCCCGGCUCAGCGCCAGACGUGUACCUGGAUCUGGGCAACUGCUACCAGGUGCUGACCUUGGCCAAGAAGCAGAAGCUGGAGGCGCUGAAGGAAGCGGCCUACAAGGUGAUGAGCGACAACUACCUCCAGGUCCUGCGCAGCCCGGACAUCUACCGGUGCCUGAGCGGGACGGAGCGGGAGCUGAUCCUCCGGCGCCGCCUGCGGGGCCGCGAGCGCCUGGUGGUGGCGGACGUGUGCCCCCAGGAGGGCUCCGGCCGUCUCUGCUGCUACGACGAGGCGCAGGACGCCUGGCACCCGCUGGCCCGCCUGCCCCCCGAGGCGGUGUCCCGAGGCUGUGCCCUCUGCAGCCUCUUCAAUUACCUCUUCGUGGCGUCCGGUUGCCGGGGGCCCGGGCACGAGCCCUCCAACCGCGUCUUCUGCUACAACCCGCUGACCGGCAUCUGGAGCGAGGUGUGCCCGCUGAACCAGGCCCGGCCGCACUGCCGGCUGGUGGCCCUGGACGGCCACCUGUACGCCAUCGGCGGCGAGUGCCUGAACACGGUGGAACGCUAUGACCCGCGCCUGGACCGCUGGACCUUUGCGCCGCCGCUCCCCAGCGACUCCUUCGCCCUGGCGCACACGGCCACGGCGUGUGCGGGCGACGUCUACGUCACGGGCGGCACCCUGCGCUACCUGCUGCUCCGCUUCUCGGCCCGGGAGCAGCGCUGGCGGGCCGGCCCCACGGGGGGCGGCAAGGACCGCACGGCCGAGAUGGUGGCCGUCAACGGCUUCCUCUACCGUUUUGAUCUCGACCGCCGCCUGGGCAUCAGCGUCCACCGCUGCAGCGCCAGCGCCCGCCUCUGGUACGAGUGCGCCACCUACCGCACCCCGUACCCGGACGCCUUCCAGUGCGCCCCGGUGGGCGACCUCAUCUACUGCGUGGGGCGCUGGCGCUUGCUCUGCUUCCUGGCCGACCACAUCUCGCCCAGGUUUGUGCCCAAGGAGCCACGGAGCUUCCCCUCCCCGCGGGGCACCCUCCUGCCCGCCGUCCUGACCCUGCCCGUCCCCGACGCGCUUCAGACCAGGGUCUAGCUACCCACCCCCCGCCCCCCACCCCCCCCCCCCACCCCCCGCUGGACUUCUGCUGCCAAACUGGAAGCAAAAAGCACCCCUGCCCGCCACUCCGUGAGCCAUCUCUGGGCGAGCAGGCAGCUCGGGAAUUCCGCCCGCGUGAGGGGAAUGCUAACCCUACCCCCUCCGCUGGCCGGGGCCUCGGAUGCGUCUUUGCUGUCCGCGGGGUGCGCAGGCGCCGUGUGAAAAUAGAACCAGGGCCCGGCGUUGCUGAGGGCAGCACCGUGUGCGGGGAUGAGUGUCACCUUGCUUCAAAUCUGAAUUCUUGGGGGAAGGGGUAUCAGGACCCCGCCAAAGUCCAGGGGCACAGCCUUACUGCAACCACAGUUCAGGUGCCAGCGGACCCCCAUAGGGUGGAGGUGGGCCAGCCCUCCUUAAGCCACUAGGCUCCCCUCCUAAACAGAGCCCCUACCUCUAGGGUUCCCAGAAGCACCUGGAACGCUCAAGGAAGGUGUUUCUGGCUGUGCCGGGAGCCCCGGGGAGCCCCAGGGGGCCCAGCCAGAGGAGAGAUGGUUGGAGAAGUAUGACAGCUGUAGUUGGAGCUGACCGUGAACUCUUGCCCGCAAAGCAAAUUGACCAUUGCCCACUUCUCAUUACCUAGGAUUCUGGUAUACCCGAAGGAGGAGAAACCUCCAGUUAGCAGCCACUUGAAAACCUACACCUUGUACUGGUCUGCUAAGAACACCAGUGAUUGCCACAUAUGGGGUCUCAGAAGAGGGAGGAGAAGAUGUGAUCUGAGGGCCACCGUCCUCCCGGGCCCCUGCUUCGGCCCGUCGCUGGCUGGCCGCUGACUCCCUCCCCAGAUCUCAGAGCCUGCACAAGACUUCAUCCAAUCAACACAGCCCUGACAUCAGGGGUGGGGGGCGAGAGAAGUCACUCCCAGGCACCCCCGCAGGGCUGGGGAGGGACAAUGGCACAACUUGCUCUCCCUGUGCCAUGUGAUCACCUGGUGUGCCUGGUUAGAUAGGAGACUCGGGCGGGGGGGGGGGGGGGGCGGUCCGUGAUGGAGCUGAGGAACCAGAAAAUGCUAGUGGGGCAUCAGGACACUGGGAUCUCCUCCCACAUCAGGGGUGGUAAAUUUGCAAAGAGCAGAGACCCUCCAACCUCAGGAAGUUGCCCGUUCUUCCCGGAGGGAAGAGAGAGAGACUGGUCCAAUCUAUUGCCACAGCCCUGUUCCCUGGAUGAGGAUGAUGCAUGCACAGACAGAGGCGGGUGAUGCUCUCUGUGCCAUCCGGGAGCCAGGGCAGCUGGGACCACCUCUAAAGUGACAAGCAGCCUGGAGGAAAGAGGUAGAGAUGGGGUGCCCCAGGGCAGGCCUGACAAGCAGGGAGCUAAGAAUGCUUUGGACUUCAGUGUUCCUACCUUGAAAAUAGGAAGGACCAGCCAUGGCCUUCUCUGGCCAGAGAAACGAGAACACUUAGAGAAAGUUCUCCCCAAGGCCCCCUGGGGGGUCUGGGCAGCAGCUUGUGUUCACCGCAGCUGCUGGGCUGAGCUGGGGUCUUCCUGGAAAAGGCAGGGUUAGAGCAAGGAGUAACAGGGAGGUUGGCAUGGAGAUGAGAACUUUUAUUGGGCCGCUCGAAGCCAUCCUCCCCGUGCCAGGGCCUGGAAGGCGAGGCUGCCUGGUAUUUAUUCUUAAGUUGGAGGUGGGGAGAGGAAAGUGAGUCGGGGCUAUGGCCGGAGCCUGGUGACCCCCCCACCCCCCCGCCGAGGCCUUGCUCAAGCUCAGAGCUGACACUCAGGCAUGAGCCUCCAAGAGACCCUUGGUGGGGAAGCAGGGGUAAACUCAGCAACACGACUACUGACAGCAGCAUUGGCAU